AUGGAGGCGAGAGGAGCCGCCCACGGUGACCAUGUAGACCAGGAGAAGCAGGUCAUCGAGUUCGCCCACGUUGACUCUGCCAAGGACCACGUCGACAAUGACGUGGGAAAGGUCGAAACCCAAGAGGAAUUCACUCCCGCGGAGCAGCGCAAGAUCAUUCGGCGCAUCGACCGCCGUCUCGUCGUGACCGUCGGUGCCAUGUACUGCGUCAGCCUCAUGGAUCGCACCAACAUGAGUGCCGCCAACAUUGCGGGCAUGGGCGUGGAGCUCGACCUCCAUGGAUACCGAUACAACAUUGCGAACCUCGUCUUUUUCAUCCCCUACAUCAUUUUCCAGCCGCCUUCGACCGUUCUCGUCCGGAAGCUGGGCCCGCGCAUUCACCUGGCGGCUAUCACCCUCUUUUGGGGCGCCGUCAUGAUUGGCAUGGGCUUCGUCAAGGACUUCCCUCAACUCGCUGGCCUCCGAGUGAUUCUCGGUUUUCUCGAGGCAGGCUUCUUCCCUAGCUGCGUCUACUUGCUAAGCACGUGGUACACCCGGUACGAGGUCGGCAAACGUUAUUCGCUCUUCUAUCUGCUCGGCUGUGUUGCGUCGGCAUUUUCAGGCAUCCUGGCCUAUGGGCUCAUGCAAUUGAACGGCCGUGAAAAUCUCACUGGCUGGCGGUGGAUCUUCAUCAUCGAGGGUGCCCUCACAUGCGCCCUAGCCGUGGCCAGCUACUGGCUGCUGGUCGACUUCCCAGACUCGAAAAGGAAGUCUUGGAGCUUCUUGGGCCAGCGCGAGCGCCAAUGGGUUAUUGACCGCAUCCAGCGAGACCGUGGCGACUCUAAGGUGCCGCCCUUCAACAUGCGAAAGUUCCUGGGCGGCGGCGCCGACUGGAAGAUUUGGGCCUACGCCAUGAUCUUCUUCAACACCACGACCCUUGCGUACGCCCUGGCGUACACCCUGCCCAUCAUCCUUAUGGGCAACAUGGGGUUCAGCGUGGGCGAGUCCCAGUGUCUCGUGGCGCCACCGUACGCGUUUGCCGGCAUCGUCAUGUUCCUCACCGGGUACUACGGCGACAGGUUUCGCUUCCGCGGGCCCAUCAUCAUCUUCAACAUGGUCCUCUGCCUCGUCGGCCUGCCCAUCAUGGGAUGGCACAAGGACGCGGCCGUGCGAUACUUCGGCGUCUUCCUCGUCACGGCUGGUGCCAACAGCAACAUCCCGGCGACCAUGGCCUACCAGGCCAACAAUGUCCGCGGGCAGUGGAAGAGAGCCUUUUGCAGCGCUACGCUCGUUGGUUUUGGCGGGAUUGGUGGCAUCGUCGGCAGCUUGGUUUUCCGCGACCAGGAUAAGCUCACGGGCUACAAGCCUGGCAUGUAUACCUGCAUCGCCUGCUCGUUCCUGACCAUCAUUCUCGUCAUUGCCUGUGACCUGGACUUCCGGAGGCUGAACAAGCUGGCGGACCAGGGUCAGAGGACCUUGGAGUCUCAUGACGAGAAUGCCUCAGACGACUUCCGGUACACGUACUAA